GCGGACUCUGAGAUGGACGUCAGAUUUUAUCCAGCUCCCCCUUCAAGCGUGGGUUCAUGUACGUUACCGACUGACUCCGGUUUGGACUAUUACCACUCCAACAAGAACAGAUACGCUGCUGCAGAUCGAGGUGUGAGGCUGUACAGUUCCCUGCCCAUGCGCCCGAACCCUGACGGCAAGAGACUGCCCUCUACUGGGUUUGAUGGUGACAACAUGUACAUGAAUGAAAACAACCAUGACUUUCUCCCACCAAACCAGAACUACACAGGUCAGAGUGGUGGCGGCGGGGGAGGAGGCGGAGGUGGUGGCACAGGCAGUGGAAAUGGAGCCGGGGACGAAGACUAUGAGAUCCCCCCCAUCACUCCACCUAACCACCCCGAGCCUCCUCUUCUUCACCUGAUGGAGCACGAGUCUACAGGCUACCUUUGCCACUCGCUGCAACACAAUGGGCUCAUCAACCCGUAUUCCUACCCCGAGCUGCCCACACUCAUGAUGUCUAACAUGCUGGCACAGGACAGCCACCUCGUCUCCAGCCAAAUGCCCUCGAUGCAGGAGAUGGCUUUGCACCACCACCAACAGCAACACCAUCACCAGCACCCAGACGGCGCUCAUUAUGACCCCGCCCGUAACCACCCCCUGAUAAACAACUCACCUCCGAUACUGCCCAACCCCAUGAGCGCACUGUCCCAGCUAAACCCUCAGGUCAGCCGGAGUGCAAUGCCUCAUGGUUCCCCCUCACCUCCCGGAAGUAAAUCGGCCACACCCUCCCCCUCAAGCUCCAAUCAGGAAGAGGAGAGUGAUCCUCAUUUGAAGAUCACGGGCGAGAAGCGGCCGUCUUCAGAGAUGGUGAAGCCCAAGCCCAAACCCCAGAAAAAGAAGAAGAAGAAGGAUCCCAAUGAGCCUACAAAGCCUGUGUCAGCCUACGCCUUGUUCUUCAGAGACACCCAGGCAGCCAUUAAAGGACAGAAUCCCAACGCCACCUUUGGAGACGUAUCCAAGAUAGUAGCCUCCAUGUGGGAUGGACUUGGAGAGGAGCAGAAACAGAACUACAAGAGGAAAACAGAGGCUGCUAAGAAGGAGUACCUGAAAGCCCUGGCCGCCUACAGAGCCAGUCUGGUUUCCAAGACAUACAAUGACCCCGUGGAGACAAAAAGUGCCCAAACAGGCCAGGCUUCUCCACAUAUGAUGCCAGCCAACCCACCCAUGUACAGCGUGCCACCCCCUCCACAGCCGUCAUCACCCUACCUGGGACCCGGCGCCUUCCCUCUCACCGACCUGCAGAGCUACGCAGGACACGCCCCUCGCCACACCCUGUCGCAGACGCUCAGCCAAUCGCAGAUGCUGCCCAGCAUUAGUGCCUCUCCCCCUUCCUCCUUCCAGAUCAGCCCACCCCUUCACCCCCACCAGCAGCUGUCCCUGCACCAGAGCUCGCUCCUCAACCAGCCUAUCCGCAUGCAGCAGGUCCAGUCCCAGCCAAUCAUCUCUCACCAGAUGGGGCUGCAGGCCUCUCUUCACUCCCCUCCUCCUGGGCAGCAGGGGUUUUCCCACCUCCAGUCAGAGUAUCAGAAGAGCAUUGGGGGUUCCCAGUCUCCAGGAGCUCCUGGUCCGGGAGUGGGUCAGAGCCAUGACUGGGACAGUGAAUACUGCAAUCGGGAGUGUGGCAACCACUGCAGUGGCAGCAUGAUAGGCAGGGACAAGCCACUCUACCUCACCUGAAACUGAAGAUCAUACUCCCGUCGACAAAUACGACACAGAGGAGUCUUCUCUCACCCUUGACAUCCCUCCUCCACUCUCUUCACUCUUACUUCCCCCACCCUCCACCCUCCCCCCAAACCUUCUUCUGAUGCACACACUUACAUACAAUGCACACUUACAUACAUGUACAUACAUACACACGCGCGCACGCACACACACACACACACAUACACACACACACACACACAGACACACACACAAACACACACACAAACACACAGUCACACACACACACACACACAGUCACACACACAUUCCGCCUCUCAAACACCAUGACCACCACAACCACAACCUUUUUUUGUCAGUGUAACUAUUAUUUCUCUCAGUUUUAGAGGAAUUUGUGACCAGAGUUUUUUGAGUAGAUGACUACUGUCUGUACCACUUAAUGUAUUAGCGGUCCUCUUGCUGUUUAAAUUUGCCAAGCACUUAUAAAGCCCCCACCCCCACCCCCUCCUGCUCCCCACCAACCCCACCUCCUUCUGAGUUGUGUGUCUAUUUGCCCGCUCUGAUACAAGCUGGGCUGUAGAGCACUCCUCUUUGUGUCACCAUCAAAGUCCCCUCAGGGACCCCAUCCAGCUUUAAUUAGAAUGAGAAGGAAAAAAAAUACUCAUUCUCUUCUUUAAUCAUCUUCUUUAAUUUCCUUUUUUUUCCUUUCCUUUUUUAUUGUGUUGUUGUUGCUGUUUUAUUUAUUUCUGGCUUGCAAAAUUGUUCCUUUUUUUUCUUUUUUUUGCCAAUAAGCGGUGGGCCCUGUACUGUAGAGAAAUAUUAACUUCUAGUAGGUUCAGCACAGGCCUUGAUGUUAUGGUAGCUUUGCUUAAGGGCCUGCAAAUUAAUACAAAAAGCUGGGAUGGGGAAAAGAAACAAAACAAAAGAAUCUUUUUUAAUAUUAAAGACCUGUUGAGGUCUACUGAGCUGUCACAGUGUGAUUGUAAAUAUCACUUUUAUGGGAUCAAAUUGGGAAUUGAAAGUCCAGAUAGAUUUGUUUCUUCUUUAAUAUUACAUGUAAGUCAUUCUGUGCGUGUGUGUGUGUGUGUGCGUGCGUGCGUGCGUGUGCGUAUGUCUGGACGUUAGAAUGUACCCCAUUCAUGACGCGUGCAGUUGAGUGUGUAUGUGUGUAUGUGUGUAUGCGCACGGGCACACACUCACGUGCAAGACUGUCUCAGUGUUCGAGUCUUUCUCUUGAAUUUUAACAGCCUUGUGCAGCUGGAUUUCAGAAGAGUAUUUCACACUCUCUUUCUUGCAUUAAAUCUGUGCUCACUGGUGUGUUUUUUCCAAUAAAGUUCAAUCUAAAACUGAAUACACAAUAUGUGUCCUGCAGAUCAUUAAAUGGAAAGAGCCAGGUGAGAAAUAGAGAGGAAAGAGAGAAAGAAACGGUGUGAGAUAAAAAUGAGAUAUAAUGUUGCAGGUAAAAAAAAGAAAAAAGAAAAAAACGAUAUUGCCUCAAAAUGCCCCCCCACCAUCCCUUUUCUUAUUUUGUCUGACCAUAAUGUCGAUUUUGUCUCCUCGACAUGCAGAGGUGAAGUAAUGACAUAUGUGAAUGGAGCCAUCACAUCCACAUUACAGUGAUUUUUAUAAGUUUCUAGUUGGUGUUUGGUUGUGUUGAUCUCAUCUUUUUUAACUUUUGUGUGAUUAACAGAAAUGCAUUUUGCUGACAAAGACAUGUUUUUAUCUCUUUACUGUAGCAUAAUUUCAGUUUUAGUUGUUACAGAACUAUAACAUUUUAAUUUGUGUAAAAAAAAAAGAAAAACCCUGCCAAUUGUAGUUAUUUUAUUUGUAAAGCCAGUAAUGAUAAAUAUUUUAAAUGGUUAUCAAUAUAUUGUUUUCGCUAGUUGCCCAUCAGCCAUUUGACAGGUUUUCUUAUUUAUGAAAGAAAUUAAAAUCACUUUUGCUUCUUACAAUGGAGGUGUAUUUUUAUUAUUAUUUUAUUGUUUUAUUUUCUCUUUGGUUUGAUAAAAAUGAUGAUGACCACAACAAUGAUUAUUUCUUUGUUUUUUACAUUUUAGGUGCUGCUCCUUUACUUUCCUUACCGGCAGCAUCUCUUUGUGUCACAAUGCUUCUUUUAUU